GUACAUUACACAUCUUUGCACUGGCAUGAUACGGAUGUGCAAAGAAAAAAAUGGCUACGAUGCUUGCCGUGCCUCUGAAAAACAGCGCCGAACUAGACUUCGUUCGGCCCCUCAAGAAUUUUAUCAGAAACACCUUUGGGGGAGAAGACGAAAGCAAUGACUACACCAGUCAGCUGGACGAGCUGCACAGGCUGCGAAAUAAUGCCGUGUGUCGAAAACUUGAUAAACACAGCGCCUCUCUCGAAAUCCUCGCAAGAUACUAUGACCAGCUCCAGGCCAUAGAGGACAAGCUACCAAUUUCAGAAGGACAUGUCUCUAUGACAUUCACGUGGCAGGACGCCUUUGACAAGGGCUCUUUCUUUGGAGGAGGCCGAAAGCAGAGUGGGUCCACUGGUAGCUAUGAGAAGGUCUGUGUGUUGUUCAACAUUGCUGCAAUGAACAGCCAGAUAGCAGCUCUGCAGACCUCGGACGAUGACGAGGCACUCAAGACUGCAGCAAAGCAGUUCCAGCAAGCGGCUGGUAUUUUUAACCAUCUCAAAGAAACCGUGGUGUCAGCCGUCCAGAACAUCCGCACCUUUGACAUCCACCCUGACUGUCUGGCUGCACUGGGAGCGCUCAUGUUGGCCCAGGGCCAAGAGAGCAUCCUCAAGAAAGCUCAGCAAGACAAGAUGAAGCCUGCCAUUGUCGCCAAGAUUGCCAUGACGGCGGCCGAGGAGUUCUCCGAGGCCUUGAAGCUAUGCCAGGUGCAGCAUGUCAAGGAGGUCCUCCCGAAGGAAUGGAUCCCCAUUGUGGGCGGCAAACACGCCCACAUGCAGGGCCUGGCCGAAUUCCACCAGUCCCAGGUCUGCCAGGCCAGCAAGUGCUACGGAGAAGAGAUCAGCAGGCUUAACCAUUCCUUGGAGCACCUACAGGCGGCUUCGCAUCGCGGCGGGCAGCACGUCAACUUCAAGUCGACGACAGAGAAAGUCCAGCGUGCCCUUGCGGCGGCCAAGAAGGACAAUGACUUCAUCUACCACGACGUCAUACCAGACGUGUCCAACCUCAAGCCCAUCGGAUCGGCCGUCAUUGCCAAGCCGCUGGAAAUCCCCAAGCCCAUGAAUCCGAAGUUUACAGACUUGUUUGAGAAGUUGGUUCCCCUGGCCGUGCACAAUGCAUUGGACGCUUACGAGGCCAGGAAGGUGGAGAUCGUCAGCAGGGAAGUGGGCAAGCUGCGGGAACAGACACAGCUCCUCAACAGUGUCCUAGCAUCGCUGAACCUACCCGCUGCGAUAGAGGACAUGGGAGGGUCGAGCAUACCGCCCUCGUUGUUGCAGAAGUCCAAUGCGGUGCGUGAGAAAGGUGGAAUCCAGAGCAUUGACAAGCUGUUUCAUGAAAUGCCGGACCUGCUGAAGAGGAACACAGAGAUUCUGAACGAGUCAAUACGCCUCCUUGACGACGAAGGCAAAACAGACAAGGAGAUGAAAGAGCGCUUCAAGGAGCGCUGGACCCGCCUCCCAUCAGAUCAGCUAACCACGCCCUUACGAGCGGAGGCGUCAAAGUACCGGACAAUCCUGAACAACGCUAUCCAGGCGGACAGUAUCGUGCGAGAAAAGUACGAGGCCAACCGGGAAUUCAUUAGCAUCCUGUCUAAGUCACCGAAUGAGAUGGGAUCCGACCUGCCUGCCACCAGCGCUGCCGCAGCCCUCAAGGACAGCCCGGAGGUCCGAAAGUUGCGCGAUCUCAUGAAACAAGUGGAGGCCAUCAAAACAGAGCGCGAGGUCAACGAGGCCGAAAUCAAGAAUACCAAGAGUGACAUGUCACAAAAGUUCCUGAGUGCCUUGGCAGCCGACGGGGCCAUCAAUGAGGAAGACAUCUCCAACCAGGAACUGGACCGGAUCUUCUCCCCCCUGAUCAAGCAGGUCCAAGACAGCAUCCACCGGCAGGAGAUACUGCUGAACAAUGUCCAGGAUGCCAACACCAAAUUUUGCCAGGCGAAGCAGUCAGACACCUCGGCCAGCAAUCGUGAGGACGUCUUGCGCAAGCUGGCAGCUGCCCAUGACGCCUACAUGGAGCUCACUGCCAACCUGACAGAGGGCACGAAGUUCUACAACGACCUGACCCAGCUGCUGGUGCGUUUCCAAGGCAAGGUCACUGACCUCUGCUUUGCCCGGAAGACGGAGAAGGAGGAGUUGCUACGUGACUUGACCCAGAGCAUCGCCAACCAGCCUAGCUCCCCGCCCCCUGUCACCCCGGCCCACCACGCCCAAGAAUCAUCCAGGGCACAGCCACCUCCUCGCCCAAGCCAACCGCCCUCCCGGCCACAAGCCCCGCCUGUAACCCAAGAAGCACCCCCAGCUCAAGCCCCUCAACCCACCCCUCCCUCCCAGCCCUAUCCCCAAGGUGCGCCGCUGCCCAGCCAUGCUUCUGGCUACCAACCCAUGCCUAGCUAUGCCCCCUAUGGCGGGUUCACCCCCAUGCCAACCCCCUACAACCCCUACGCGACCCCCGGCUAUCCCCAGCAGCCGGCGACACAGUAUGGCAACCGAUAUCAACAACCACAGCAGCAGCCUGGGCAGUAUCCACAAUAUCCACAAGGUGGUGGAUAUCCGCAGCCAUCCGCUCCAGGCUACAAUCCGUACCAGCAACACUGAAGGUACAGGUAGCACCAAACACACAUACCCGAUUGAUUCUCACAAAAUGAGUCUUAAGUUUCUCAUAGUUUUCACCUACAUGUACAUGUAUUUCUGAACUGAAGCAGGAGGAACUUUCUAAGCGAUUGACUUUAUACCAAAUCAGUUUGACAUCUAAACUAAUGCAUACACUAUUGGGUGAGCGUAUUGAUGGUUCCUAUCGAAUUCCAUUGUACAAAUAUUUGUCAAAAAGACUGUUUCUUCCCAAAAGUAGGUCCAGAGACUUAUGACUCAUUUUGUUAUGUUGCAUCACACAUAGUUGAUUUCCGGUGACAUGCAGGCCAGGAGGAAAGUGCUUUCCCUAGCUCCAGAAUUACACCUCUCAACACCCUGAAGUAUCAAAGUGCCCGAAAACUUCUUUUAGAAACCCCUGCAUUCCUUCAUGAAAUUGUUUACGGCAUUUGGCAAUCACUGUUGAUUGCUCAAUAUAUAUGAUGUAGUUAAUUUUUUCGUUGAAUGGGGGUUAUAGUCUCAUUGUAGACAGUGACUAACUUUUUCAGUUGAUAAAUCAAUCCAAGAUAGAAGAUGCCUGAUGUAAACAUGGAUUUCAAGAGAUCGCAUGUUCAAAUUGGUAAUUGAUUGUUCUUGCUGCUCGUUCUGUGUUUAAGUGACGUUGUUUAACUGUAUUGAAGAUCUGGAUCCGUAGCCUUGCUGCAUUCUAGUUUUGUGUAGCUGUUGUUUCCAAGACCUCUUCGUCAAAAUGCUUUGUACUUGAUAAAGAAAGGUCACAUUGUGCAACUUUGUACAAUUCAAAAAUGUCACUUGCAGGCACAAUUGCAAUGGUACAGUUUUUUAAAUUCACAGAUAGGUCAUUCUUUAAUGUUUGGGUCCAGUUUUUUUCCCUGUUCCUGUUACAUCCGAAAUGUGAUUUUGUACGUUGAGAGCACAUUCAUUAAUUUCUAAGGUUGAUUAAGUAAUGCAAAUUACCAACCAAACCAAUAAAAAUGGUUGGAUAUCGAUUUCAUUGGUAUCCUUUUAGCAAAUUACACAGGUCAGGUGUAGUAAGGAUGGGAAGAUAUGUCACACAUCAGACCCCCGAUAAUUUGUAGAAUGGCCCAGAUGGAUAAUCCUUCCAUUUUCGUGCCCAGUUGGCAGCAUAAUGGAUGCCAGUUCCAAAUACAAGAGUGUUGAAAAACAAAUAUACAGAUUUUUAGUAUCUGACUAGCAGCAAAGUUGUGUGCUUGUCAAAGGUUUUUAAAAAUUACAACUUUGAUUGCGUACAUCUCACUGAAUAUUUUCUAAAAGUGUAAAUUGCAAAUUGGAGUGGCACAAUGAUGUAAGCUUGAUGCAAAGUUUAGUAUUAAGUGUCAAUUAUUGUCUCUGUUGUUGACACUCAUAAUCUACAUUUUUCACGGUCUCAAAUUUUUUUGUUCCAGAUUUCAAUGUCCAGCACAUUCUAGAUUUUGUUAAUUCUUAUUGAUAUUAAAGCAAGGCGAGCAUCAGGUAAAAUGAUUUGAGUCUUAUUAACCCUAAAAAACCCAAAAGUGUGUGAAUAAAAUUGGUAAAAUUGGAGGAGUUGGGGCCAUUCAGGCUAUCAAUUGACGAUAAGUUGACAAAAUAGAGUAUGGAAAUUAAUAGAAUAAUUUUCGUGUUAGUUAAAGGUUGCAAGAGUAUUUUUCGAGUAAAGUCAUCAGACCUCAAGUCUGUAAACUGACUGCUGUGUAGAGUCCCUCAGAAACCAACAAUUUCUAAUUGGCUGAUUUCAAGUGAUUUCAACGGAGCAGUGAAUGACAGAUGCUUCUUUUCAUGCUGUUGUACAAUCCUGACAUUUUUUACUGAAACUCAGUGUUUUUUCCAAAUCUAGGACUUCUCUCAUUCAGGAACCCUAAAAAUUAAUGCAGUCAGCAAAAUAAAGUUUAUUUACCUUGAAGAA